UCGCUGCUGUCCUCAGUCUGACAGCAACACCAGGACUCUGCAGGACUCUCCAGGACCAAACAGGACCAAACAGGAUUCUCCUCUACAGGGCCAUGGACCCAAAGCGUUUGUCCUCCAGCUCUCAGCAGCAGGUUCGCCUCAGGAAGAAGAGGACAAAGAGAGAAUGGAGACCGCUGGAGGACCGGAGCUGCACGGACCUGCCCUGGUUCCUGCUCUUCACCGUCUUCUGCGUCGGCAUGGGCAGCAUCUGCGGCUUCACCAUCGUCACCGGCGGCGCCGCUCGCCUCGUCUUUGGAUAUGACAGCUACGGCAACACCUGCGGUCGACGCAACGAACAGAUCGAAGGCGUCAAGCUCAGCGGCCUCGACCACAGAGACAGGAAGUUUGUCUUCUUCCUGGAUCCCUGCAACAUCGACAUCGUUCAGAGGAAAAUCAAGUCCAUGGCUCUGUGUGUGUCUCUGUGUCCCACGGAGGAGCUGAAGACCUACCAGGACCUGAAGAGGUUCGCCAUGGUCAACGGCUCUGAGCUGUGCUCCUACGAGUUAGCGGGUCAUAAAUACCCCGGUCUACCUGAGAGGUUCACAAAGUGUCCCAAACUCCCUGUUCCACCCAGUAAGCCGUUGCCGGUGUUUAACCGCUGCACUCCGGUGGAUAUUUCCUGUUAUGCGAAGUUUGCGGAGGCUGUGGUGACGUUUGUGGGCGAUAACAGCGUCCUGCACCGACUGAUCGCCGGCGUCGCCGCCAGUAAAGAGAUCAUCAUCGGACUGUGUGUGCUCGCUCUGGUCCUCUCUAUGAUCCUCAUGGUGAUCAUUCGGUACAUCUCCGCCAUCCUCGUCUGGAUCCUCACCUCGCUGGUCGUCCUCGGAUCCCUCGCGGGGACCAGCGUCCUCUGGUGGCUCUACAUCGACCACCGGCUGUACGGAAACGACACCUCCUCCAAAGCAGCGAAGGAGACGAAAGAGGAGGUGGAGAUCACCAGAGACAGCGGACAGGCGCUGCUCGUCUACGCCGUCGCCGCCACUGUCUUCACCAUCAUCCUGCUGCUGCUGAUGCUGUUCAUGAGGAAACGAGUGGCUCUGACCAUCGCUCUGUUCCACGUAGCGGGGAAAGUCUUCAUCCACCUCCCCCUCCUCACCCUGCAGCCCUUCGUCACCUUCCUCGCCCUCCUGCUCUUCUGGAUCUACUGGAUCCUGGUCCUGCUCUUCCUGGGAACCACCGGAAACCCGGUUCAGAAUGAGGAGACAGGGUUAACAGAGUUCAGACUGACAGGUCCUCUUCAGUACCUGACCUGGUACCACGCUGUGGGUCUGGUCUGGAUCAGUGAGUUCAUCCUGGCCUGUCAGCAGAUGACUGUUGCCGGUGCUGUGGUCACAUAUUACUUCACCAGGGACAAGAACCGACUCCCGGUGACCCCGAUCCUGUCCUCGGUCCUGAGGCUGGUCCGGUAUCACCUGGGCACGGUCGCUAAAGGAUCCUUCAUCAUCACACUGGUCAAGAUCCCCAGACUCAUCCUCAUGUACAUCCACAACCAGCUCAAAGGAAAGGAGAACGCGUGUGCUCGCUGUCUGCUGAAAACUUGUAUCUGCUGUCUGUGGUGUUUGGAGAAGUGCCUCAACUAUCUCAAUCAGAAUGCAUAUGCAGCCACAGCCAUCAACAGCACCAGUUUCUGCACGUCUGCGCGCGACGCCUUUGUGAUCCUGGUGGAAAACGCUCUGCGCGUCGCCACAAUCAACGCCGUCGGAGACUUUGUGCUCUUCCUGGGGAAGAUCCUGAUCGUGACGUCGACGGCGUUCGCCGGCGUCCUCCUCCUGAACUACCAGCGGGAUUACGCAGAGUGGCUGCUGCCGCUCAUCAUCGUGUGUCUCUUCUCCUUCCUGGUGGCUCACUGCUUCCUGUCCAUCUUUGAGAUCGUGGUGGACGUCCUCUUCCUCUGCUUCGCCAUCGACACCAAGUACAACGACGGCACCCCGGGGAAGGAGUUCUUCAUGGACAAAGCUCUGAUGGAGUUCGUGGAGAGCAGUAGGCGGUUGGAGCGCGCGGUGGAGCGUGGGAGGAGCCGGGUGAAGGAGGUAGCGUCAGAGGGGGCGGAGAUGAAGCCCAUGGCUCCGGGGACGAGUUCAGCUUGACCAAAAUCAGCCAAUGGGACUUCUUAAAAAACAAAAAACAAAACAAAAACAAAAACAAAAAAAAAAAAAAAAAGAGAGAGACAUUCCAAAUGUUUAUUUUUACCAACGUGUAACAUGUUUACUAUGGUUUCACUCCAGGGAAAACGAUAUUUUAAUAAGAAACUGUAAAAACGUAACAAUGUAAUGAUGCACUUUAUAUUGAAGCGCUGCAGAUUUUAAACCGGCUGAUGCAUUUUUUCGUAGUGAUGUCGUUUUUUAUAAAACUAAAGCAUCUGGUCUCACUCUGAACUCAUCGCUCACACUUCAGUUCCUAACAGUUUUUCAGCGAAGCAACUUUCUUUUUUUUUUUUCCCCUGAACGUUUUUUGUUCUGGAGACGACCUGCGGACUCACUGACACACUCUCCACCUGGACUCCAUGUUGGAUCUGGAGUCGCUGUGAUGUCAUCAGAGGGGCGGAGUUUGCAGCCAUAAAGCUCCGCCUGAUUCUUGGAUGCGAUCAGAGGACGGAGGUCAAAGGUCAGACAGAUUCUGAUGCAGCUGAAGAUGAGGUUUUUAUCGGACAGGAUGCACUGCGAGCACAUCGAUCAAUACAUCUGAUUGAUUAAUGAUUUACAACUAAAUAUCCAUUACAACUGGACACAGUUUAACUCAUUCAGCGGUCUGUUACUGGUCCACAGACCAGGGAUUGGGAAACACUUCCAGCGUGAUUUGAAUUCAAAGUUUAGCAACAAAUAAAUCUUUUAAUCAAUAAAAUGGAAUCAAUAUCUUCAGAUGGAAGUUUAGAUAAAAGAAAGAAAUACUCAGAUCCUUUGCUGACAUAAAAGUAGUAAAACCACAAUGUAAAAAUACUCUAUUACAAGUAAAAGUCCUGCUGAAGUAAAAGUACUAGCAUCGGAAUAUAUUUAAAGUACUAAAAGUAAAAGUACUCCUUAUGCAGAAUGGCCCAUUUGAGAAUGAUGUAUGUUAUAUUACUGGAUUAUAAUUAUUGAUGAAUUUAUGUGUUCACUCUAGUAGCAGUCAGAUAAAUGUAGUGCAGUAAAAAGUACAGUAUUUCCCCUGAAAUGUAGUGAAGUAGAAGUAGCAGAAAAUGAUAUUCAAGUACCUGAAAACUGCACAGUACUUGAGUACUUGUACAAAACUAAUUCAAAAAUCAGAUCAGUCGCCACUGAAACAAAAAUCUGACUGAAAUCAGACGCUGAGCCGCCAUGUUGCUCGCAGUGUGACGCCUGUGGCAGACUUCCAUCGGAGGUCAUUGACCUCUCAUCCCACAUGGGGGCAGCACAGUCAUGAUGGAGGACAUGUUUUGGGGUGGUGGUGGUGGUGGGGUCAUCAUGUUUCAUUGUGAAUGGCGUCAACGAUGACGACGACUGACAGAUUGAUUUCGUCACCUGGAUCAAAGCUUCCUGUCCUGGAGCUCGAGCUCCUCUUCACGGUUGAAAACCUCCACAACACAGCGUCAGAGCUGUUUGCAUUGAGAAUCCAGAGAAGAAGAAGGUGGGUCGUAUGUGGGCGGAGCUUCCUGUGGAGGUGACGGCUGAGUUCAGACAGUCAGCAAUAAAACAAACUGCACCAUGUGACCACAUCUACAACAACAAGUCUUCCUGCUUCUGUUUGUUCAACAUGUUCCAGGUUUACGUUUUGAUGUCGAACACGUCAACGACUCGACUGUCUGAGGUUUAACGUUCAACUUCUCUUGUUGUCCAACAAGGCAACGGGUUGGGCCUCACAGGACCCUGAGAUGCAGCUGAAAGCUCACAGAAAACCCAGUAAGUGGAUCUUUGAGCAGUUCUGUCGUGUUUGGUUAAGUGGACUGACGUGAUGAAGGCAACGGGGCUGUUGAGGCAACUCGUGAUCUGUUGCCCAUCCUGGUUGCCCAACAUGUUGCCUUGUUGCCCUGCAGGUUGAGCUGAUGUGUCAGGCUGAAUCCAAAUGUUCCCCCUCCAGACUCAACCCAGACACAGACCUGACCAAACUGCUUUAAGUUAUUGGGAAUGAACGUACAUUCACAGAGGAAACUAUGUGUGCACCCAAAUCUUAACAAGGACCAAACGAGCUGAUUGGCUGAAACCAACUCCAGUCAGGAAGUGGGUACAGAGGGAAAAACACCUGGUCGAAAUCCUCCUCAGAGUUUCACAAUCGAUUUUAUAAAAAUCGUUUCCACAAUCCUCAAAGACUCCUUGAACUAUCCAGUUUUUUUAAACAGGUUGUUGUGCUAACUUUAGCUUGAGCCGCUGAUUACGACAGAAUAAUCCAAAUUAUUCAGCCUGUGAAUAUUCUGACCUGUGAUCGUUCCAGCCUCAGCUACACUGACAACUAAAAAUCCAGCAUUUGAACAGAAGCUCGUCUGAGAGGGUCAGAAAAUCAGGGACUCCAGUCCAGAGGUCUGGACGUUUGGAUUCGGCCUCAGUCUGAUGGUUUAUUGAGCUGUGAUGGAGUCAGUUUGUUUUUUUAUUAACAUUUAAACAUCAACCCGCUGAUUUGUUCCUGUUUGGAUCUGAAGAAAGUUUUGUUGCUGUGGUUCUGAACAUUGCUCUGUGCGCAGUUUAAACUUUAUUUUUCUCUCCUGAUUGGCUCAGCCCCGCAGCAGUCACAGGCUGCGACUGUUCCCAUCAUCGCCCACCUCUUGUCAUCCAAACACCUUUCACUUCAAAAGAUAAAACUGGUCCAAGAGUUUCAGCAGCACGAAGACAAAAAAAUCAAACAGCUUCCCUCUACUAAACCUAAACAUCCGACCCAACAGCUGAUCUGAGAGCUGUUUUAAGAUCAAACCCACAGAAAUUCACGUAAAUCACAUUAUGGUGGAGAACAUCUCUUCAUGUAGUUUACUCGUGUGCAGAAACUCUGGACCUCACAAUGAGAUUUAGCUUUGAAAUAUAAAGAGCAUGUAUGUUAUAAACCUGUUGAUACAGUGAGUCAGUGGUCACAGGACUCGAUGCUCCGAGCAUGUUAACUAAUUGCACUAAAGAUGGAGUUCAUUCAACACUGACGUCAGUUUAAAAGUAGCUGUAAAGUAUUUUAGAUGAAGUGUUUGUAGCUCAGAUAUUAAACACACACACACUUAUUCAUAUUCAAACAUCCUGAAACGAAAAAAGAAAAAAAAAAACUUCAAUCAGUAGAAAAUCAUGAAAUCAGCUUCUCAAACUCAUUUAUAAACAUUUUGUUUGAAUCAUGUGACCCCUGACGCCGGGCAGAUUUAAGGAAGGAAAUGAAAAGUUUCAUUCCAACAUCAGAUUAAAGAGAAAAAAAAAUAAAAGGGCUGGAAACAACAAUUAUCAUUCUCAGAGUCUGAGGCGACGCCUUCAUAUUUUGUCUGAAACUCAGCUUCAGUUUACUGUGACAGAAAACAGAGAGGGCUAAAUUAUUAUCUGCUGUUCUCCAGUUAAAGACUCUGUGUUACAACAAUUAAAUGGAAUUAACUGGAAGUGUACUAAUUAUUCAUGGUUAUUAUAUUACCUAAUAAUUCAUGGCUUCUUGCAAAGUAUUAAUAGAUAAGAAAAAGAGACCAAUCAAAUAUCAAAACAAAAUGUUUGUCAGUUCAAUUGAUCAGUUGAUCAACUGAUCUUUGUAAGGUUUCUAAACCAUAAAAUCAUGUUUGUUAGACUCCAGGACUGUGUUGUAGCAGCUGUUCAUAAACCCCUCACUGUGUUUGACCUUAGUCAAGUUUUUAGUAUUAAAAAACUGCAACUUUGACAGAGGCAAAAUUAUCUAAACAUUAACUGCAACUCGUUAUUCAGUCAGACUUUGUAUUUUUCAUAGCUUAGUUUCUAGUUAGCACCUGCAGUUAGUGGGUGUAAAUAUGAGCUAAUCUUUACAUAAGAACUAGAUUGUGUGGUGCAACUGGUUUUAGUUUAGAGAUAAAUUUACUCCACUCAGUAAACACUGACGUCAGAACGAACUUUACUAACAGCUGCUACAACCUCUCCUGUUCAGGUUUUGACUGUUAAACACAAUAUAUUUCAUUUCUCCAUCUCCUCCAUUAAACAGAUGGUUAAGUUUUAUUAUAUAGCUCAGUUUUUUCCUAAUAAUUUCUAUUACUAUUCUUCAUUUCUGCUGCAUUGUUUGUUUGUGGACACAUGUCUGAUUUUGCAUGUUGAGCUCAUCCUGCUGUCCUCUUAGCUUAGCAUUUAGAAAAAAGUGGACCAACUGAUCACUCUGUUUUUGUUAUAAUUAAAGCAAAAUCCUAUAGUUCUUUCCAGGAAACUUCUUAUGACAUUAUUUGGAAAUAAACUGGAAUUCAUUACAGAAUCACAAAAUAAAGUGUUGCCAAAACAUUUUACAGAGCAGGCAGUUUGAACCUCAACACGACUGCCGUCCAAAAUGACUUUUUUUUCUGCUCUCCAACAUGUAAAUGAAGUUGUUUUAUAGCAUCAUUAGUUUUCUCUAGGCAGUACAACAACAGCUCUUGCAGCAAACAGCAGGGUGAAUGAGAGUGAAGGAGCAACUGCUUCAGGUGUGCUCCUUUUAUUGAGGGCCCUGAUUGCUGAUAGGUCAGCUCAGAGCCAGGAAACCAAUGAGCAGGUACGACCUCACUGCAACAGGUGGAAACCAAUCUGGCUUGUUAGCACCUGAGAGUGGAGGAGGAGAAAGACUGGAGGGAAAAACCCCCAGACACUGACACGAAACAAAGGAAAUAUGGUCCCAGUUUCGAAGAGCCCUACAAUCAUCACAUUUCACAUGAUUUUUAUGAAACACAGAUGAGGAGAAAAUAUUGUUUAUACUGUGUAAGAAAUAGGAACCAACAAAACUCCAGGGUGAUCUGGUUUUAAAGAUCCAGCUCUGAUGAGUUUCAGGUACAUGGUGAUGAUGUGUCCUAAACAAUAAAUAUCUGGACUGUUGGAAUGAAACGUUUUAAUCUGCUUCAGUCACCAAAUCCCAGGUGUAGGGUCGACAGGUGAGCUGUGGGUUAGGGACGCUCCGAUCAGUGAAUAUGGCCAAAGUCUGACGCCUGUCUAGACUUUGAAUUUGUGUGUUCAAACGUAUUCAAAGAAAUUCAACAUCAUUAUCUGACAUUAAAGUUGUAAGAUGCACUCCCCUCGUGGAAAUGUUAGAACCACCUUUAUAUUAGCUAACAUUAGCUUAGCAUUACGCGGUGUGGUUUGCAUUGGAAUCCAUUUCGACAAAAUUUCAUGAAAUUUAGUUUCAUUCAUUCAAAAUUAAUCCUCUGAAAAGACGAUCACCCCGUGAGUGAUUUAAGACAUUUUGACAAAUCCAAACAAAUCGAUUGAUCGAUUGGAGCGUUCUUAAUUCUGCAUUUACCCGCCAUUUUUCUCAUUUUACUUUUUGGUCGUCGUGGUUACUGCAUUUUAAAUAAGCAACCUUCAACCUGAGGACUGUUGUCCAGCUUCCUUCAGCCCUGAUUGGAGCAGAUGAAGGGCCGACGUUGUAGAAAAGCUGAUCCAGAACCAGUUGCAUGUCCAUGUUUUUUCUGCUCUGUAUCACAGCACGUCAUCUUCGUACGGUGUGAAUAAUCUGCUGUUAGAUUCACGGUACUAAAAACUCUUGAGUUACCUGAUAGGCGCCUCAGUUUCUCUCAGAUGUGACUCUUAAAUUUGUCUUCACACGAGGGACGGCUACAUAGCAAAAAGAACAAGUUAAGAUUUUAGGCCGACACGACUAACUAACUGUCAGGUGUAACACUAGUGUUUAGGUUUUCUCUGCAGUAAGAAGUUGUUUGUAACAUUGAAGAACUUUUUCUUUUCCUCUGGGUUCAUUUUUUUAUAUUUAUCAUUUCUUGUAUAUUUGUUUUUUAAGAAAAAUAAUAAAAUUGAAAAUUUA